AUGUCUGCUCUCAGCGUUAUGGUGAAUGACGAGAUGCCAAUACGGCGUGUGCAGAGCGCCAAGAGAGACACGGCCACCCGAUUUGGGGGCAAAUGCCUGCAAUCUACAAGCAGUGAACUCGUGCCUUGGCUGGCAGAAGUGCCCCUCGACAAGUUUCGUAAACUUCGCAUCGUGCAAUGGUUGAAAGACCACGGUCAGUCGCACCACGAGAGCGAAAACGAGGACAGAGCAGAACAGGCAUGGGCAGAUACGCCAAUACGCGUGUUGAGUUGCGGGGAAGCGGAUAGGGCCACAGCUCAGCCACUUUUCAGCCAACUGAACCUAAUUGCCCAGGGCAGGGCCUUGGCGCCUAAAGAGAGGAGAGCAAAAGAGUCAGUUGUUGGAGAGACGUACCUUGAAAGUCGUUCUGAAGUGGACCUGUCCGGGCCAAUCAUGGACCUUUGCUGCUUCCCAUGCGUAUAUGCGCUGGACGGUUUCGGAAAGUACGAGGCGUGCAGGAUGGCUCUCUGCUCCUCCAACCUCCGGAUACUAAUGCGGGAAUACGCGCACACUCUUACGGUGUACACUACCACCAUGGGUCAAGAGCGAGCCAGCUGUUCCAGGGUCCUGCAGGCUGCAGAGUACAUACUUCCUUCCUUGCUAAGCUCCUCGGACCCGAGGAACAUCCGCCCCUGCGAAGUCAACCUACCAUCAACCCUCCAUCACAACUUCAGAACUUCAUCAGCCCAUCGGAUCGCCUACCUAUCAACAUCAACACACGAGACUCCGCCAGGCAGCGACUACACUACUGCGUGCACUACGGCAACGCAUGCACACGACGCCGGAAUUGACGUGGAGACAAGAUGCGAAAUGCCAAAUGCGAAAUGUGGCCCUGACAGAUCCUUGAUUCCUUGGUCAAUGUACGCCCCCUUUACCAUUUGGACCUUACGAGUUCAUUCCUACGGGGAUACGGAGUACACCAUAGUGACCAUACGGUAUUACGGAUACCUUGACGGAUGCUACACCAUCGUCAAUGGCUGCCAUUGA